ACUGCAUGAUACUGUCUAUGAACAAGAUUUUCCUGAACCACAACCGAGAAAUAAAGGACGCGUUUUGCGUAGUUACGAUCCAAAUGGAGAAGAUGACAGUGUUCCACCUGUGAGAGGUGAUGAUCUAUGUUGCAGUGAAAAGCCGCCUUCGAACGGUGCUUCGGCUUGA